CCGCGGUGCUGAAACGACGAUGGUGAGCUGACUUGAAGAAAGAGAACGGGCAUACCCAACGAGAAAUCGAUUUAGCGAGCGUUGGAAUUGAACAGUCUCUGUCUAUCAGCUGAUAACGACACCAGGACAUAGCUCUCAUAAGUCUGGAGCGCCUGUGCUGCGCAGUGUGCGAUCCCGAGGUCUCACGGCAAGUGGUUUUUGCAGAGCACGAGCAGUCUCUAUUUCGUUUUAAGGAAAAGUGUUGACCCCAAGGACAUUAUUUUCUGUUAGCAGAGGACCGCUACUGAAAGGAAGCAUGAGUGCGGCACGAGAUUACAAAGUCGUUAUGAUGGUUCUCUUUGCAAUGAUGACGGACAUAGGCGCUGAAGGCUCCUAUUCUGAGGAUGGGACGUCCGUCACACAGAGGGGACAGUCUGAGGGUGGAGGGCCCAGCACACGGGACACUGACAGAGGGAUCCCCCUGGUGACAACCGCCCCUCCCCUGAAUGUCCCCAACCAUCACACCCACUACAAGGGCUUCCUCCUUCAGGAGUCCCUCCAAGGACAGCGGCAUUUCUUUGAGGACAGUGGGGGUGUGGAUACCCACCCCACUAUGCCACCCUCAGGUCCCCACUUUGCCAGAGACCCCUCCUCCACUCACACGGUGCCACACAAGGAAGAGCUGGCUUUCUCCGAUGUUGCCUCAACCACUACCCUUGUGGCAACAGCCACGUCACCGUUGGCAACACAGGGUAGCUCUGUUCCAGGGGGGCGUGUCUCUGUGACUCAGAGAGGGGCGUUGACCAAUAGCAGGGGGAGGAGGACAGAGGAAGAAGCUGAUGCCAUGGAUACCCUGACCACUCCUGUCAUGCACACCUCUGCCCUCCCUCCCCACUCAAACACUCACAACCUGGCUGCUCCUAUGGGUGACAGGCACUCUGAGGUCCCUUCCCCAUCCACCAUGACUCCCCCAGCCUUGACCACUCUAGUGGAGAAGGAUAAAGGGAAGUCAGCAGAACACAACAUGAGCCGUGCCAGUGAUGGUGUAGCGAUGGACACUUCUGCAGUAUCUGGUGAUGUGGAUGAUGAGACCACUACGACUACUAUAACCACAACCACCAUCAUCACCACCAGCCUGCCCAACCCAGUUCCCUGUAUCUUCAACCUGACAGCACCAGAGGGCUACAUAGAGACGCCCCAGCCGUCCAGCUCUCAUUACUACUCCUCUGUGGACUGCACCUACACCGUCACGGUCUACACGGGCUAUGGAGUAGAGAUACAGGUGAUGAAUGUGAGCCUGUGGGAGGGGGAGCGGGUGACGUUUGAGGAUGUGGGGGGAGGGGAGCCCUCUGUUCUGGCCAACGAGUCUAUCCUGUUGAAGGGCCUGGUGGUACGCAGCUGGAGCAACCAGAUCACCAUUCACUUCCACAGCCAGAGACAGACCCAGCCUGGGUCCUUCCUGCUCAGAUACCAAGCCUUUGUGUUGAGCUGUACCUUUCCCCAGCGGCCGGUCUGUGGGGAUGUGUCUGUGAGCAGCCUCCACUCUGGGGGAGAGGCCUACUUCUACUGUCUGACUGGGUACCAUCUGCAGGGAACCAACACACUGACCUGUCUCAACGCCAGCACCCCCUACUGGAGCGGCACGGAGCCGCAGUGCCAUGCUGCUUGUGGUGGCAUUGUCCGGAAUGCCACGGUUGGACGCAUUGUGUCACCCGGUUUCCCUAGCAACUACAGCAACAACCUGACAUGCCAUUGGCUGCUGGAGGCCCCAGAGGGACAGCGAGUGCACGUCCACUUUGAGAAGGUGGCCCUGGCAGAGGACGAUGACAGGCUUCUGAUCAAAAAUGGGAAGAACAUUGACUCUCCUCCGAUGUAUGACUCAUAUGAGGUAGAGUACCUGCCCAACGAGGGCCUGGUGAGCACCUCCAGACCCCUCUUCAUAGAGCUCACCACUGAUGGAACAGGCACCUCCACCGGCAUCGCCAUCAGAUACCAAGCGUUUGCAGUGGGCCACUGCUAUGAGCCGUUCGUCAAGUACGGUAACUUCACCAGUAAUGACAGCACGUGGGCAGUGGGGACCGUGGUAGAGUUCACCUGUGACCCUGGCUACACCCUGGAGCAGGGCUCUGUCAUCAUUGAGUGCAUGGACCACAACAACCCCCAGUGGAACGAAACUGAGCCUGCCUGCAGAGCUGUAUGCAGUGGAGAGAUGACUGACUCUGCUGGAGUGGUCCUGUCUCCUAACUGGCCAGAGGCCUACGAUAGCGGCCAGGACUGCAUCUGGGGGAUUCACGUGGAGGAGGACAGGAGGAUCAUGCUAGACAUCCAAGUCCUCAACAUAGGGAAGAACGAUCUGCUGACGUUCUAUGAUGGAGAUGACCUGACUGCUACGGUGCUGGGUCAGUACGGUGGCUCACGGCCACACUUCAAACUCUACACCUCCAUGGCUGACGUCACCAUCCAGUUCCAGUCUGACCCGGCCACCAACAUCUACGGCUACGGCAACGGCUUUGUGGUGCACUUCUUCGAGGUGCCUCGUAACGACACGUGUCCAGAGCUCCCAGAGAUCACCAACGGCUGGAAGAGCACCUCCCACCCUGAGCUGGUCCAUGGCACGGUGGUCACCUACCAGUGCUACCCAGGUUUCCAGCUGGUGGGUACAGAGCUGCUCAUGUGCCAGUGGGACCUGACCUGGAGUGGAGACCUGCCCAGCUGUGAGAGAGUGCUGUCGUGUACAGACCCAGGUACUGUGGAGCACAGUCGCAGGGUGAUGUCCAGCCCGCGUUUCACUGUAGGCUCCACCAUCCAAUACAUCUGUAACAAGGGCUACACCCUCUCUGGAAACAGCCUGCUCUCCUGCUACAACCAUGGCUCCUCCGGACCUAAAUGGAGCGAGAGGCUACCCAAAUGUGACUCGGUGACCUAUGAGCCUUGCAGGAACCCUGGCACCCCAUCUUACAGCACCCAGAUCUCAGAGAAGCCUCUCUACCAGGCCGGGGAGACGCUGCGCUUCUCCUGCCUCAGAGGCCAUGAGCUGCUGGGGGAGCCUGUCCUCCGCUGUGUCCCUGGACACCCUUCACAGUGGAGCAGCCUGCCCCCUGUCUGCGGAGCCUCCUCAAUGGAGUUUAUGAAUGAACGCAGAUUAGAUGCUGCCAGUGCAGACUACAUCAUGGAACGAGCCAACAUAGCUCUAACAGUCUUUAUACCAGUGGCCCUCAUCAUGGUCUUCAUCAUCGGGAUCUACCUCUACUUCUCUAAGGUUCAGGGGAAGCCUCUGUGUCUUCCCAUGUCCACCUCCUUACCAUAUGACCACAUCCCAGGAGAGUCCACCUUCGACAACGCCCUCUACAAAACAGAGACUACGGUACGUUCUGAUAUAGAGAUAUUCACUGGUUCUUUAAGAUGCCUGUUGGAAUUAGUAAGCCCCCCAAAAGGUUGAAAUCAGACGCUGUCAUCCGUGUCUGAGAUGAUGCACUUAAAGCACCAUCUGGUUUGCCAUAUUGCAGGUUCAUUCUCCAAAUCUAAUUUACCGUUAGGUGAUAUAGAAAUGGGUUUGAGGGGUGUAAACUAUACUCUGUUCACCUUCAGUCAUUGACAAGGGCCAUUUCAUUACACCUGAUGCAAACAAAAGGUUUCCUAGUUCAUUUGACAAAGCAUAGCUUUAUUUUUGUGCUAUGACAUUGUUCAGACAUGGGUUCAAAUAGUAUUUGAAAGAUGUCAAAUAUUUUACCCAGGUCUGAUGCUUUCAUGCUCAUGAUUUCAGAUAACUAACAAUUGUCUCUCUGUCUGUUUGUUUCUCUAUCCUUUCAUGACUGCACUCCUGAAGAACAAUGAGGUAGACAUAGCGCUAGGCUACAACCUGCUUAUUUAGCCUCCCCUCUGUCUGUCAGUCAGUCUUCAUCAAUUCCACAUUCUGAACCUAUUUCACACUGUGAGCUUAUUGAACUAAAGCCCACAGUAGGUUGAGCACAUUUAAAUGGGUCAGAGGAGAGGUACAAACCUCUCAAAUCAAAUCAAAAAUAGAGUCAAAUUGGUCGCAUACACAGUUUUGCAGAUGUUAUCACAAUUGCAGCAAAAUGCUUAUGUUUUUAGCUCCAACAAUAAUUAUCAAUAUAAUACAAUAAACACAUAAUCUAAAAGUUAGAAAGAAAUAUCAGAACGAGAAAUGGAAUAUAAAUAAAUAUACAGUAUACUGUAUGUAUGUGAAUGGUAUGUAUAGACAAUGGUGUGUGUGUAUAGACAAUUUAAGGUCAUUGUCCCCUCUCUCAGGUGAAAAUGGAAAAGCCUCACAGUUUGGGCUGACCUCUUCCAGACACUAAACGUAUCCCUGUGAUAUCCCUAUCAUAGUCUACAAACAGAUGUCACUUAUCACACGGCUCAUUCACAAAAAGAGGAAUAGCCUUUGUGAUCACAAAAGGAAUAUGAUCUACUCUAAUUCUGUCUCAUUAUACCUUAUUGUGUACAAGCUUGUCCCUAAUUCAGAACUAUGUCCUCAUUUCACAGGACACAAGAGAGUAUGAGGUUUCCAUCUAGAGGCACAACUACGUGUUUCAGCAAUGACAGGUCUGGUCUCAAGAUGGUUUGCCUUGUGGAAGUUUGUCUGCACUCCUCAGACCCCCACCCCCUUCACACCUCACUCCGCUUGCCUCCACCACCUUUCCCUCUGUCUGCUGAACAUGUCUCUGCCCAGCCCACAUUGGUCAUCACUGCAAAGACUGGAAAACAUGAUUCUUUUUGUAGAGCUUCAACAGCAAUGGCCUAACAGCAGUGGUUGUACAGUUUUUAUCCUGAGAUGAUCAAAGCCUAAAGACGUCAGUCCAAUGUCGAACCUCACAAAUGGGAAAGCUGAGUUUGUAUCUAGUCCAAGAAAUGGAAUGUGUCAAUACAACACAAUAUAUUUGUCACACAGCUUGUAGGGAAUUGUUGUUUUGAGGCAAGGCACACCACAAAAGAGCUAGAUUGUUCAAGUGAUGAUUGGAGGGAUAUCAUAAUAACUUGGACUCUUAAACCUUUCAAAUACAAUGGACAAUUUAAACAUCUUUUCAUUUGUUUUGUACAAUAGCUGCACAUUUUUAAGUUGACCCUCUCAAAAACAUGUAAACACACCUCUUUUUUUAUGCAACCUCCUAUGAUUAAAAACAUCUGAAUGUGCCUUAAAAUGAAGGCCCUUAUUAAGCAAUGUUCAUAUCAUGUAUAUUUCUGAUACUGCAUUGGUUCAUCUGAGAUUAUUACAUUGUUGAUUUCAUAUGGAUCAUAAAAUAGAGAUGUAGUAAAACAAAAGAAAAUGUCCUUUCAUUUCUUCUCACACACAAUUGUAUGUGUGUCUUCAACAUGCUGAUUGAAAGGUAUUCAUGAAUGAUAUUGGAUUGGCAAAUCUCUGAAAAAGUCUAUGGCAAAGUGUAUAUAAGUUCUAGUGCCAUUCGUUUUGUGAUGAAAACCAGGGAAGGUUAAAGCUUAAGAAGUCACUGUUGUGGAUUGGGGAUUCCUAAAAACUGAUGCAAUGUAUUUGCCUAAAAUAAUAUAGCUUAUUCUAUAGGAGAAUGCAUCACCAUUCAAACACUCUUUUUAUCAUUGUCACUUGAUAAUAUUUACUCACACAAACAGGUGUGAUGACAAUGAUUAUACUUCUAUAAUCUAUUUUUGAUUCAUUGUAUAUACACUGAUUAAGCCAGUUCAUGAAAAAAACGUCCUCAAUAAAGUUAUU